AUGUCCCUCAGUGCGGCCGCAGACGUCCCCCUGCAAAUCUCCUCUGCCAACUCCUCGUCCGAGCGCCGCAUCUCUCCCUCGUGGACCAUAGCCCACCUCAGGACACGUCUCGAGCCCAUCACCGGAAUCCCCGCGUCAUGCCAACAGCUCGCGCUGCGUGUGGGCUCGCAGGAUGCGAUCCCCAUCUCUGCAGCCGACGAAGAGACCGCACAGUUGGCCGCCUUUCCGCUGCAGCCGUACGCGGAGAUCACCGUUGGUGACACACGUCCGCCAGGAGCACGUACAGAUUUCUCGGACUUGUCUUCUGUGCCGAAGUACACUAUGCCACCUGCAGAGUAUGAGACGCGAACAGACAGCGUUCUUGCCUGGAAGAAGAACCAGAAACUUGGCCGCUUCGACCCGAACGCGCCGUCAAUCGAGCAGCAGAAGAUCCGAGCCUCGGAGCGCGAGGUCGAAGAAAGGGGAAUCGCACUCGGCGCCCGCGUGCGCAUCCUCCCCGAAACUGACUCUCGCCGAGGAACGGUGUCAUACGUUGGUCAAGUCCCCGAGAUCCCAGGCAUAGGUUCUUGGGUCGGUGUCACGCUCGACGAGCCUACGGGGAAGAACGACGGUACGGUGAACGGGAAGCGGUACUUCGAGUGCGGGAAGAACUACGGCGUUUUCCUUCGUCCUGAGCGCUGUGAGGCUGGAGAUUUCCCGCCUCUUGAUUUGGGCGAUGAGGACCUUGAGGAAAUGUGA